UAUUGUCAAGAUUUUUGUUUGGUAAAACCUUAUCUAGAAAAUUAUCAGAUGAGAUUCCUGCAUUCUGCAUGCCGUUUACCUAUAAAGUUGUUUAUGUAUACAAUAAUCUGUAAGUUUAAACAUUACGAAACCCACUGAUGUAUUGAGGCCAGUGUUAAAAUAUUUUCAUUCAGUUCUGUGUUGCAUAUUAUGGAAGCAUCAAUUACCAGUUUAUUGCAGCUCAUUAAGUGACAGUGACGUGUUUAUUUUUAAAAGUCCAUUUGUAUUAGGUAUUCGAUGAGAGACAUCAAUAACUAAUUUUGUUUAUUAAGAGAUAUUAUAUAUGCUAAUAAAAAGUUGUAAAAACAAAGAUGACGUGGAUUUGUGACGAAGUAAAACAACUGGAUUUAUUAUUAAAUGAAUAUUUAGGAACAACAAAACUAAUCAAAGAUGUUAAGACGAAAAAGAUAUCUCAACCAGGCGAGAAUUAUGGUAGUAUAAUGUACAGUUUAGAUGUUACUGUAGAAGACAAACAAAAUAAACAUGAAGAAACCAUUCACACUGUAGCUAAAGUCCUACCACAAGGUGAAUUGAUUAGACAAAUAUUUAAUAUACAAACUACUUAUAAGAAUGAGAUGGCAUUCUAUAAAGUAAUAGUGCCUACAAUGUUAUAUUUUCAAAAGGAACUAGAUAUUCAGAAACCUAUAGACUGUUUUGCAAAAUGUUAUGCUGUAAGAAAGAAUUUAUUGGAAAAUAGCGACGUUAUCGAUGAUGAUGCAGUGUUGCUGCUAGAAAAUUUAAAAACGGCAGGUUUCAUAAACAUAGACAAAGUCAAAGGAUUUGAUUUGGAAACAGCUGAAAUGGUCCUAAGAAGCUUAGCACAAUUCCAUGGUAUCUCGUUAGCACUCAAAAUAAAAAAACCUGAAGUAUUCGAAAAAAAAAUUAAGAUGCAUUGCGAUGACUACUACAUUGCCGUAGGUGAAAUGCCUCUAAUGGUCCCCACAAUACAACUGCUCCUUAAUGAAAACGAAGAAAUCAAAGAACAAAUAUUGCCGAAGGUUGUGGGUUGGGAAGGUGCUAAGCGUAUUCCAAAAGAAAGUAUUUUUAACACUCUAGUCCACGAUGAUUUGUGGACUAAUAAUACAAUGCAAAAAUUUAAAAAUGGAAAACCAGUGGAAAAUAAAUUGGUAGAUUUUCAGAUUAUAGCUUACGGAUCUCCAGCCAGAGAUCUUUUCUUUUUUUAUGGUCUAGCCUUCCUUUGGCUCUCAUAAAAACCCAUUUAGAUUACCUUAUAAAAUACUAUUACGAUAAUCUCAUUACAGUAUUAGGGAAUCAUAAAAUAGACAUUACUCCAUUUACUUUUGAAUAUUUUUUAAAAGAAAUUCACGAUAUAUCUCCUUUCGAGUUUAAGCAUGCCUUCUAUUUCCAUUUGGUCGCUGUUCAUGCUAAAAAAGGUGGAUUUGAAAUGACUAAGUUACCUACUGUAGAAGAUAUAUACAACGGUAUUACUGAUGUUGCCAAAGAAAAAGCAUUUUAUAUGACCAAGGAGUGUUAUAAAAGGGGAUGGUUUAGAUCAAUAUAAAUAUAUUAACAGUUAUUGUUUUAUUAUUUCUUCUUUUCCAAUACUAUGCAGACUAGAGAGUAGGAUACAAAUUCAAAUAAUUUUA